UGCGUUUCUUGCCACGUGUUUUUAAAUGUAAAAAACAGUCAUUAAACAUGUUCCUUUUCCCCAUAAUUAGUUAAAUAUUACAACUAAUUAGAUACUCCUCGAAAUAAUAAGUUUGGACAUGUAUAGGUUAUAUUAAUAAUACGGAUAUAAAUAAAUUCAUAGUGUAAUAACUGAACUAUAGUAACAUUAGAAAUAGAUGUAAAGAGUAAUGAAAGAACUAUGAAUAUAAAAGAGGAAAAACUGACCGACGAAGAAGAUGGAGAAUUUUAUUUCGAGUCGGAUCAUUUAGCACUGAAAGGAAACAAGGAUUAUUGUUCCCUUUUAAAAACUAUAGUUAUAUUACAAUCUCAAAGAACACAAGCAAUUCAUGACUUAGACAAGCUUCUAGCAUGUCAAGCUAAGGCGAUACAGGAUCCAAUUUCAUUUGUGGCACAACUGCAAAGCGGAGACCUUCCAGAGUUUCCGGGACCACAACAGGUUCCGGAGAUCCCUUACAUCGAUUGGUCACAAUACAAUGUCAAUUUACCGAACAAUCCGUUACGUCCACAGACACGACACGGUCAAAUUCUUCCUCAAGUGCAGAUGAAGUCAGAACAGGACGAUGGAAAGAUUUUAGUAAGAGGUCGUGCUUUCGAUCAAAGUAAACCGGAAACGUUUAACCAGUUGUGGACAGCAGAAGAGCAGAGACGAUUAGAGGAACUUUUAAUAGAGUAUCCACCGGAAGAAGUGGAAAUGCGUCGGUGGACCAAGAUAGCCAAUGCAUUGGGAAAUCGUACACCGAAGCAAGUAUCUAGCCGAGUACAAAAAUACUUUAUCAAAUUGUUACGUGCUGGUCUACCAAUCCCUGGGAGAGGUCCGAAGAUGAAAUUGGAUGCUAAGAAGAGUGUAAGCCAUCGACAUCAACGCAAUAAUUAUUUACUAUUUAAACGGUCGACCUUCUUCCCUCACAACGAUCUAUCAUUUGCCAUUGGUGAAAAUGCUAAAAAGCACUCAAACACAGAGGAAUCGGAGGAUGACUUUGGGAAUGUAAAAAUGGAGGAUGGUGCGGAACUCCUACGUAGAGUGAAGUCUGAAACUAAAGAGGAAUCUUCUUCGUCGUAUCAACACUUUGGAUACAAGGUAAAGUUUGAACCAAAUUAAACGUACGAUAAGAACUAACAAAGAAAAGAC